AAGGUUUCUCCUUUACACUCUCACUCUUGCUCGCCGACGUAUCGUCGUCAAUCGUCGACGAACUGUAACACUAAAAAGGCUAAAACCUCCGUAGACGCAUAUUCCUAAGACCGGAACUUUAAGGUUACAAGAUCAAUGGGUUCCAAGAUUAAUCAACCGAUAACGAAAAUUUCAUAAAUGCUCCGAAGGUCUCCGGCACGCGUUGUUGUUGCCUAUCAGUUGCUUCAACUUAUCUAUACUCGUAGAUUCUCCUCCGAAGCCUCGAGAAACUUUCGCCGCCGGCUUCGAGGAGGAAACGGGCCAAUUCGACCCGAAUUACUCGACCGGGUCUCACGUCUGCUCGUGCUCGGCAGGUACGAUGCUUUACAUGAUCUCUCUCUCGAUUUCUCUGAUGUACUUCUCAACUCCCUCCUCCGUAGAUUGAGACUUAACCCAGAGGCAUGUCUCGAGAUUUUCAAUUUAGCUUCAAAACAGCAAAAGUUUCGCCCUGAUUACAAGUCUUAUUGUAAAAUGGUUCACAUAUUGUCUAGAGCUAGAUUGUACGAUCUGACGAAAUCGUAUAUACGUGAAAUGGUUGGUCUUAAUCACUCGGGGUUCGUUGUCUGGGCUGAGCUUGUGCGAGUCUUUAAGGAGUUUUCGUUCUCUCCUACAGUCUUUGACAUGAUACUCAAAGUUUAUGCUGAGAAGGGUAUGGUUAAGAACGCUUUACAUGUGUUUGACAACAUGGGAGGCUAUGGAAGAGUCCCUAGUUUGCUUUCUUGUAACAGCCUGUUGAGCAAUUUGGUCAAGAAAGGUGAAAAUUUUGUGGCUUUACAUGUUUAUGAUCAGAUGAUUAGCUUUGGGGUUUCUCCGGAUGUGUUUACUUGCAGUAUUGUUGUGAAUGCUUACUGUAGAAGUGGGAAAGUUGAUAAAGCCAUGGAAUUUGCUAAACGGAUGGAGAUUUCAUUUGGUUUGGAGCUGAAUGUGGUAACUUAUAAUAGUUUGAUUAAUGGGUAUGCUAUGAUCGGAGAUGUUGAGGGAAUGACAAGAGUGUUGAGUUUGAUGUCUGAGAGUGGGGUUUCUAGGAACGUUGUUACGUAUACUUCGUUGAUCAAGGGUUAUUGUAAAAAGGGGUUGAUGGAAGAAGCAGAACAGGUGUUUGAAUCGGUAAAGGCAAAGAAACUUGUUGCAGAUCAGCAUAUGUACGGUGUGUUGAUAGAUGGAUAUUGUCGUAAUGGUCAAAUCCGUGAUGCUGUUAGGGUUCAUGGUGAUAUGAUGGAGAUGGGAUUACGAACAAAUACAACCAUUUGUAACUCCUUGAUCAAUGGGUAUUGCAAAUCUGGUCAAUUACUCGAAGCAGAACAAAUAUUUAUGCGGAUGAACGAGUGGAGCUUGAAACCAGAUCAUCAUACGUACAAUGCCCUUGUGGACGGAUACUGCAGGGCUGGUCAUGUUGACGAGGCUUUAAAGCUUUGUGAUCGAAUGUGUGGAAAAGAAGUUGUACCAACAGUUAUGACUUACAAUAUUCUUCUUAAAGGUUAUAGUCGGGUUGGUGCUUUUCAUGAUGUUUUGAGCCUUUGGAAGAUGAUGCUAAAAAGAGGCGUAAUCGUUGAUGAGAUUAGCUGUAGCACUCUACUCGAAGCAUUGUUCAAGCUUGGAAAUUUUGAUGAAGCUAUGAAGCUGUGGGAGAACGUCUUAGCAAGAGGUCUAUUGACAGAUACGGUAACUUUGAACGAUACAUCUAAUGACCAGGAAAAUGAAGCAAUAGAACGUGCAAUUGCAUUGUCUCUUUUAGAAGAGAAUCAAGAACAGACAAGUCUAAGCGGGAAAUACCCGACGGUGGAUGAAGAUGAGCAACUUGCUAGAGCCUUACAUGAAAGUAUGGUAGUUGGGAAUUCACCGCAUUACAAAAAUGGGAAUACAUAUGAUAUUGGGAAUGCAUAUGGGAAUGGAGAUUUAUAUGGGAAUGGGCAUAUGUAUGGAGGAGGAGCAAAUGUAUAUGCAAAUGGAGAUAUUUAUUAUCCAAGACCUAUUACUUUUCAAACGGAUUUCAGGAUUUGUGCUGGCUGCAAUAUGGAGAUUGGUCAUGGAAGAUUUCUGAAUUGCCUUAAUUCACUAUGGCAUCCAGAAUGUUUUCGAUGUUACGGCUGCAGUCAGCCAAUUUCUGAGUAUGAGUUUUCUACAUCAGGGAACUACCCUUUUCACAAGGCUUGUUACAGGGAGAGAUAUCAUCCAAAAUGUGAUGUCUGCAGCCACUUUAUUCCAACAAAUCAUGCUGGUCUUAUUGAAUAUAGGGCACAUCCUUUUUGGGUUCAGAAGUAUUGCCCUUCUCACGAACACGAUGCAACCCCAAGAUGUUGCAGUUGUGAAAGAAUGGAGCCACGGAAUACGAGAUAUGUUGAACUUAACGAUGGACGGAAACUUUGCUUAGAGUGUUUGGACUCAGCGGUCAUGGACACCAUACAAUGCCAACCUCUGUACUUGCAAAUACAAGAAUUCUAUGAAGGACUUAACAUGAAGGUAGAGCAGGAAGUUCCACUCCUCUUGGUUGAAAGGCAAGCACUUAACGAAGCCAGAGAAGGUGAAAAGAAUGGUCACUAUCACAUGCCAGAAACAAGAGGACUCUGCCUGUCAGAAGAACAAACUGUUAGUACUGUAAGAAAACGAUCAAAGCAUGGCACAGGAAAUUGGGCUGGGAAUAUGGUUACAGAGCCUUACAAGUUAACACGGCAAUGCGAAGUUACUGCCAUUCUCAUCUUAUUCGGGCUCCCUAGGUUACUCACUGGCUCGAUUUUAGCUCAUGAGAUGAUGCACGCAUGGAUGCGGCUCAAAGGAUUCCGAACACUGAGCCAAGAUGUUGAAGAAGGUAUAUGUCAAGUGAUGGCUCAUAAGUGGUUAGAAGCUGAGUUAGCUGGUGGUUCAAGUAACAGCAAUGCUGCAUCAUCAUCCUCAUCCUCAUCAUCUAAGGGACCGAGGUCUCAGUACGAAAGGAAACUUGGUGAAUUUUUCAAGCACCAGAUAGAGUCUGAUGCUUCUCCGGUUUACGGAGACGGGUUCAGGGCUGGACGGUUAGCUGUUCACAAGUACGGUUUACGAAAAACACUUGAGCAUAUACAGAUGACCGGUAGAUUCCCGGUUUAAAAAAAUUCAAAAUAGACAAAGUCUUUUGCUUUUGAUUGGGUUUUUAUUUAUAGGAUCCUCUCAACCAUAUUCUUAUCUGUAAUCUCAUUCCAUGAUUCGUUUGUAUUCAAUUAUUCAUCCAUCA